UCAGUAGCUUCAUAAUUCAUGUAAACCAUUAAACAGGACUAACAGGGAUACUUGAAUGUAUUACGUUUUGUUUAUAUUAUUAUAUUGUGACGACAAAAUCACAAAUAAUAUAAAAAUAAUUUAAUUUAAAAGUAGAUCCAUCGUAGAGCUGUUGCAUAUUUUAAAAAAAAGGCCACAAGAUGGCACCAGAGGCCCAAAUAUACCGGACGGGACGUUAAACCCCGCCCACAAAGUAGAGCACUUCCCCUUCCUGCUCCUCACGACAACAUCAACAACAACAGCUGCUAUAGGGAGCUGUCAGUACAAACAAAAAUGGCCACCGCGACUGUGGCGGGGCUCGAUGCCCACAGGAUGGAGCAGAAGAAGUUGGAGUACUUCUCCUCCAUCAACUCCAUGGCCAAGAAGAUCAUGCAGGAACGGGAGAAGAUCAAGACCAAACACGGCUCUUCGUGGGACAAAAUGACGCCGCAGGAGCAGGACACCGCCAUCGACAACUGGAUGAUGGACCCGCACAUCCGAGCCCGGUACGCUAUGCACCGGGUGGAGCGAGACGAAGUGGUGUGCUAUCCGAAACUGCUCAUCCAGACCGGCCAGAAAAUCGUUCGUUUUGGGGACGAGGAUAUAACCUGGCAGGAUGAGCACUCUGCACCGUUCUCAUGGGAAACCAGGAGUCAGCUGGAGUUCAGUUUGUCUUCAGGUCCUGGAGAUGCGGUGAUUUCUGCCACUCAGGCAGAGACCAAGGCUGCUAAGACCCCUCAUUCCAACCAGCUGGGAACCAAGGUGACCAUCAGUGAGAACAGGAAGCCCGAGGAGGAAUCAUCUUUCUGGAAAAUCACAGCAGAGCGCUCCAGGCUGGAGGGGGAGCAGGCCGACUUCCAGUCCCUGACACCCAGUCAGAUCAAGUCCAUUGAGAAAGGAGAGAAACCUCUGCCCUCGUACCUCAGACAGGAGACGUCUUCUGUCAUCUCCAAGGAUCCUGAACCGGCCGAGCCCCAACCUCAGGCUGUGUCCAGACCCACAAAGCAGAGAGCACCGAGGCCUCCCGCCCCCCAGCCCCCGGCUCCCUCGGCCGUCACCGCCCCGCCGGCGGCCAUCUCCAUCUCUAACCCCGUCCCGCCGCCCGGCAGCGUGCCCUCGUCCAGCGCGGGAUGGGAACGAUCUCAGAGCACUUUGCCUUCUGUCAGCAACACCCUGGACGAGAUGUUCUCCUCCAGCCUGUUGUCCAAGCCGCCCUCCAGCCUCCAGUCCAGUGUGGAGAAGGAGGAGGAGCCUGCUCCCAACCCGGGCGGCAGUCCCACCUUUGCCCAGUUCAACACGAGCAGCAACAUCCUGAAGACCGGCUUUGACUUCCUGGACAACUGGUAAAAACGACAGGAGGACCACAAACCACAUCGCCAUCAUCUCGAAGUAGAAGGACCACACCACCUUGACUUUAGAGAUCGCCAUCAUCAUCAUCAUCAUCAUCAUCUAUUAUAUUAUUAUUUAGACUUAGUAAAAUGCCAAUCUUUAAAUGGACCAAUGUUUACCUCGUUACCGUCUUUUCUCUGUUACAUUUUUUGCCAAAUUCACCAAUUUGCCCAAAUCCUAACUGUGUAUUCACACUGUGACCAUCAACACACCGCCGCCCUGUAGGAUGAAGGAAUUAAGACACGCCCAGUCCUUUGACCUCUGGGCCACAGGUCAGAGGGUAAUAUUCUGUACUACCACACCGAGCGCCCACUGCUCUAUGGAGCUGUACGCCUGUGACAAAAUUACUCUGUAUCUUUGUGAUCAAUGUACUUGGUCUAUUUGUACACGCCAUUACGAGUAAUAUUUGCACAAUUGUACAUGAAAAUACACAGUAUCUGCCAGUGUAUUUAGAAUGUAUUCACAAAUACAAUGUUUUUUUGUUGCCAAAUCCCAGCAUGCAAUUGUGCUUUUGACCCAGUUACUAUGCCAUUUGUGCUCGUAGUGUGAAUGCACAGUCAAGGUUUGUGACUUUGCUGCCCUCACCUGUUGAGUAUGUAGAACGUCAGGUUAAAUCGUCACCUUGUGCCAAGUGCAUACAUUUGUGCUUUAUUCUACAUGAGUUUGUAGAGUUUUAGAGUGAGCUGCUGCAGUAGUCCUGACCUACACACACACACACACACACACACGCAAGUCAUGGAAUUUCUGGAACGCCAUGAAAGCUUGAGAACGAUGUUUCGGGGACAGAGAGAGAGUUGUAAUUUUAGCCAUGACUUCAUCAGACGGGGACAUCGUGAACCUGAUUCCCAUCUGUAGAACGUUCAUUAACUGAGAUGGAGGUCGGAGGAAAUUUUAUUUCAUCUCCUCUGAGGUGGAGCCAAGAAUCCUGUGUCUUUUGGCACCAGAAUAGAGAACCAGAGAACGUGGAACAGACGUGGAAGAGCUGAGUGUGUGUGUGUGUGUGUGUGUGUCGUCGGUAACACAGGUCACAGCCUCACAGUAGACACUACAGUAACUUCAUAUCUACAGUAUCUGCCCUAGCUGUGUGUACGUGUUACUGCACUCUCAACAUGUUCAGGUCACAGACCAGAAGGAAAUAAACAGGAAGUGAACGCUG